GAGUAAAAGUAUUUUCGUUUCAAUGGCAAUACUCAACGACAGAUGUUUUGGUUAUCUUACGGCCGCCAUGUUUGUGCCCCUCAGAAGCGCACAAACAUGGCGUCUCCAUACAAAGCUCUAUAAAUUUGGGUGACACACUACUUCGAAUAACGGGCGAAUGAAAAACAGCAAAUACCUGAUUCUUGGCGAGGUCGUUUAUAUAGCAAUCAUCUAUUAUAUCCCAGAUUCUUGAAUUUAUUUAUUGCAUGAUUACGAUUUUUAGUUUUCAUCACGACCGGUGAAAACCGAGAAUAGUUCGCAAGUCUAAUGCUUGGUUUACGCUCGGCUCAGAUAGCGAGACCAUGGUUUGCGACACUUAGAAUUUCUUUAGGUCGACUGCCGGUCACGGUUUCCAACUCACUAAAUGACCGGCAGUUCUGAUAUUUUUCUCAAAUUAAGGAAUCGAAGGAACCCAUCCAUUCUCAUACUUAUAAUAUAAAAAAAUUUUUUGGAUCGCUUGAAACUUCUCAGUUGUAAGAUAGCUUGUACAUGAUCGGUUCGCUCGAUUCCCUAAACUCGGACUGCCGUCAUUUAGUAAUAAUUUGAAGACCGUUACCGGUCAGCAGUCGACCAAAAAAUAUCGACGGAAGUGUCACAAACCACAGUCUCGCUCUCUGAUCUGAGCCGAGCGUAAACCAAGCGUUUAUUAAACUUGCGAUCUAUACAGCUCUUCUGGAUCGCUUGGGUUGGGAUGGGUUCCUUCGAUUCCUUAAAUCUGAGUAAAAUAUCAGACUGCCGCCGUGAUCAUUUAGUGAGUUGGAAACCCUGACCGGCAGUCGACCUAAAGAAAUUCUAAGUGUCACAAACCAUGGUCUUGCUCUCUGAGCCAAAGCACUCGCUCGAAUGCGUCAUGUAAAAAGGAGAGUUAUUCGACGAAGAUGAUUUUUAAAGAAAACCAGGCCGUACGGAUCAAUGGUUGAGAAACUUAUUUGAGGGCAGGGUGUAGGAAAGCAAAUGGAAGAUGAUGAUGGCCGUUUGUUGUCAACCUUCAAAGGGUCUGGAAACAAGUAAAAAGUUUUCCCGGACACCGGGUAGGCGAGUUAUCCCUAGCAGAGCGUUCACAAGGCAGCUAGGGUUACCCUAGUGUCAGGCUAACCCUAGCUGCCUUGUAAACACGUCGAUGAAAAAAAGAAGAAACGUGGGAGCGUUAGGGUAACCUUCCUACCAGGGUAACUCUAGCACUAGGGUUACCCUACCUGCUUGUAAACAGGGCCUAAAACAAUGGAAGCUUGCUUAGCUAUUCUACCCUGAAACUCAAAAGGUCGACUGGUGGCAAGUCUGGGAAAUGACAAUAAAACGCCAGAGUAAAUCACUCAAGCCUCCCCUCCCCUAUGACAACAGUUUUUUCUCUCACAUGACUUUCAAAUGAUGGAAGGUCACUCAAUUUUGGUCCGCGGGGGGUAUAAUGCGAGUCGUUCACUGUCCUAUUUCAAGCCUGGCUCUUUUCACUCAAUAUCAAUUUUAUUGAUGGACGAAUCACACCUGUGUGCAGAUUUUUCACAACUGUGUGCUGAUUUUUCACUGAUCCAACGGUGUACUUAGCCUUUGUAAAGUUGGCUCUCAGUGAAGCUUUAAAGCAGAAAUUAUGUCGGUCGACAACAACUAUUCUGUGAUCGGUUUUCCUAAAGAACACGAUCCUCUUAUCAACAGCAGCGCGUUUGAAGACGAUCAUCUUGUCAAUAGGCAUCAAGAAAGACGGCAAACGAGUAGCUUUUCCUGUUGUUCUUUGGUCAGUGUAGCCACCAUAUUAUUUUCAACUGUUGUCGUGACCGGGCAGGUCACGCAAUAUGCCAGCUUGCCUUUGUGGAUCGACAGCACGACAUCAACUCAAAACCAGACGGCAAAAUGGAAGCCAACCGUAGACGGCUAUUUUGUGGUAUCCUUUGCUUCUCUUUCGUUCGUGAUUGUCUUUGGUUUCGUGUUGCUAUGCAGUGACUUCAUUUGCCCAAACUACUUGGUCAAGACAGAGUGGAGUAAUCGUCGGUUAAUGCUUUUGGUUGGUUCCUUUCAAGGUGUUUCAGCAAUGUUUAUCGUAUUUUCCAGCAGUGGUAACAGAACCCCACCUUAUUUGCAAGCUAUUCUUGGUAACUUUUCCAUUCCUGUAACUCUGAUAUUAAGGUUCCUGUUUUUAAAGAAGAUUCCUACAAGGAGAAAAUUCUUAUCCGCCAUUGCAGUUGUGCUUGGUCUGUUCAUAUGUCUUAUUCCUACGUUCUCCUCACAAAUUGACCCUCAAGGUACAAGUCAUCUCGGUGGAGCUACAGGAGUGGGACGAGUCCUGUGGCCUUUAGCUUUUAUGCUUGGAUUUGGAAUUGCAGCCUUUGCUUACAUAGUUGAAGAGAAAGUAGUCAAGAUGCAAGGCAGUGACCACACCCAGGCAGGGCUGGUAUCAGUUCUCUUUUGGACAUCACUGGCACAAUUUCUUGUUGUCGUGCCACUGUUUUGGGCUGACUUCAUUCCUGGAUUUGGAUAUACAAACAAUAUUCAUGAAUUUAUUCAGAACUGGGCAUUUGGAUUCCUAUGUGUAUUUGGUGGAGCAGGAUGUUCCUGGACCCCAGGUGUGCUUGCAUUUCUAUUUAUUGCUGGCUACAUCAUGACAGUAUGUGGCUGUGCACUCCUUCUACGAUAUUCCGAGGGGGCUACUUUACUUGCAAUUGUUAUGUCUCUCUGCACACCCCUUGGGUUUAUUUUUUGGAUGUUAUUUCAAGAGAAACCUUUUGGCUGGCAUCCUUACUUCCAGACAAGCUCAUGGUUCAGUAUCACUACAUUAAUUAUUAUGAUUCCAGCUGCUUUCAUUUACAACACAGGAAUGCCAGAGAGAGAAAGAGAAGAAGUCACUCCACCAACAGAUCCUGAAAGAUGACUUGACCAUAAAUGGAUUGGAACUGUACUGCUGUCAUUUACAUUACAUUAGGCCAUCUUCACUCCUAAAGGGGAGCAUAGGGCGUCAACCAUGGAUCUCCACCUAACUCUAUUACUGGCAGUUCGCUUUGCCUCUAUCCACGUGAACUUAUUCUUGGCAAGCUCAGCUAUCACACUUCGCCUCCAGGAUUGCUUUAGGCGACCUCUUGUUCUAGACCCCUGAGGGUUCCACUCGAGAGCGCAAUGAGUGAUAUUAUUCUCAGGCUUCCGUAGCGUAUGCUGUCAAGAAAUAUUAUUUCUGACAACUUUUAUAACUUACAGUGUGUACCUUAACUGGUUUUUAGAUCAAACUGGCUGACAAUCUGAAUAUUUUUUACUUUGUAUUUAAGUUACCAGUGUCAUAUUUUAAUAAUACUUUAAUCUAGCGACACACAUACACUGCACAAUGCAGACCUAGUUUUGUUUAAAAUCACUUUUACAAGGCCUUAAUAAUUACUUUUACAAAUUAAUAGUGCAAAAUAGGCCACUAGUAUUGUUCACAGGUGUUACGUUGAAAAGCACAAUGUCAAAGAUUUCUUUGUGAGGAGAUAUUUUUAGACUGAGCUUUGUCAAAGUUUUAAUGACUCACCAAAAUACUAAAGUUAUGACUUAGUCCAAUGAAUUAUUGAAUAAAGGUUGUUGACCAAGCAUAGGAUCUUAAUAGUUAUAAUAUUUUUAAACAGAGUAGAAUAAUUUUCAUCACAUUUGUUCAGUGGUUUUCAGAACCACACUGUAUACAAAUCAAACUCAAUAUUGAAAUAGUUUUAAAAUGUGGGAAAGACCAAAACAAUAUAGAUAUUAGACCCACAAUGAAAAAUAGAUAAAAAAAAAUAUGGCUAUAUAAAAAUUAUACAAUAAAAAAAGACAGACAUUUUGGCCUUUAUAUCCAGCCAUCUUGACCUGACAAGCUUAGUCAAUAAAAGAUUUAUUAUAAUUAUUAUAGCAUAUAGGUCACUAUUUUCUCAUCUUGCAUGCUCAAGGUAGCCAAUCACAGAGCAGGAGCUAGUUUGGCUUGCCCUCACAAAGCUAGCAAUUUAGUAAAAGUUACAGAUAAAGAUGUAUUUAUGUAUUUAUUUACAGC